GCCAUCUCUACGGCAGACAGGCGGAUGGUUAAACAGGCAUUUGGUCAAUAGACGAAAAAUAAAUUUAGGCUACGGUACCGGCAGGGAUGAUCCGAAGGCGAUAAGGUGAGACAGGCAGAGACGAUGAUUACAGGCAGGUAAACGAGGUGCAGGAACAGAGCAAGAACUCAACAAACUCUAACGAUCUGGCAGGGAACAAAGGUAAGUGCUGGUGGUUAUAUACAAAAUCUAAUGACCGGAUUGAAAACAGCUGUGUGAUCACGUGACUAAAGACAAAGUAGGCAAAAGGCAUGACAGAACAGAAACCGGAAGUGACUACAAAAUAAAACAGGAAAUGUGAGGCAAAAACCCAGACUGGGACAAAAACAACAUGUAGUAAGCCUUGACAGCAGAGUUACAUAUUAGGUCCAUGUGUGUUACAUUGCAUUGAUUAAUAUAGAGGCGCUGUCAUUGGGAUCAUUAGGCAGAAGAUGAAAUUUUCCUAUUGGGCUCUGAUAUAACAUACUUAUGUUAUGAGUACUGCCCUAUUCACUGUUCAUGCGAGGCUUGAAGUAAAACAGGUUGGAUUGAAAGGUUUUGUAAUGGUAUGUUUCAGUAGAGCUUUUAGCACAGGGCUUUAAGAAGUGACUUAGAACCAAAGGCAAUAAACACUCUCCACCCGAGAGAAGCUAUAUUGAAACUCAGUAUGGCAGCGUUGGCGGUGUGGAUUCUCUUCAUGUCCACAGUGUUCAGUGAGUCAGAGGCUCAGGACUGUGGAGUGGCACCUCUGAACACCAGGAUAGUGGGAGGUGUGAAUGCCUCAGCUGGUUCAUGGCCAUGGCAGGUCAGCAUCCACUACAAAGGAGCUCACAUAUGUGGAGGGACCCUGAUCAGUGACCAGUGGGUCCUCACAGCAGCCCACUGCAUCCUAACGAGCACGCUGAGCGAUUGGACUCUCUACUUUGGAAUAGUGACUCAGAGUGGCCCAAAUCCAAAUCAAGUCACUCGCUCUGUGUCUCAAACCAUAGUUAAUUCUAAUUAUAACAACACAAUGGACAACAAUGACAUCGCCCUCAUGCAGCUCAGCAGCCCUAUCACCUUCAAUAACUACAUCCGUCCUAUCUGCCUGGCCAGUAGCUCCAGUCAGUUUUACAAUUCUACCCUCUGCUGGGCCACAGGCUGGGGGCGACUGGGGAAUACUCAACCACUGGUUGCUUAUAACAUCCUUCGGGAGGUUCAGAUUCCUGUCAUUGGGCCCAAAGAGUGCAGGACUGAUUACGUUAUAGUAAAAAAUGUGAACAUCACUGACCAGAUGAUUUGUGCUGGACAGCAGAACAAAGGCACCUGCCAGGGAGACUCUGGUGGACCGCUGCAAUGCAAACAAGGCUCAGUGUGGGUCCAGGCUGGCAUCACCAGCUUUGGAGUCCCCUGUGCUCUGGCUGGUUUUCCUGAGGUCUAUGCCCGAGUGUGUCAGUUCCAGUCCUGGAUCACAAAUCAUGUGUCUGGGGCGAAUAUUAGCUUUGUGACAUUCACCUCUAGUGGCUCCAACCUGAACGACAACUACGUGUGUUCAAGCACAAACACAGUCACAUCAGCAACAAAUCAGAACGUAACUCCAACUUCAACUCAGAAUCAGACUUCAACCACAAGCUCAGCCAAUGCAGCUGAGCUGUCAUUCAUUUUAAUAUUAGUGACAAUGUUUUACAAUAAUUUGUAUUUAACACCUCAACAGGAAGAUCAGUAUCCCUCAAGGGGGCCACAGUACCUACAUCUGCAACAUUCUCAUGAGCAAAUCUUCACUGAGUCAGAGACUCAGAACUGUGGAGUGGCACCUCUGAACACCAGGAUAGUGGGAGGUGUGAAUGCCUCAGCUGGUUCAUGGCCAUGGCAGGUCAGCAUCCACUACAAUGGAGCUCACAUAUGUGGAGGGACCCUGAUCAGUGACCAGUGGGUCCUCACAGCAGCCCACUGCAUCAUAACGAGCUCGCUGAGCGUUUGGACUCUCUACUUUGGAAUAGUGACUCAGAGUGGCCCAAAUCCAAACCAAGUCACUCGCACCGUGUCUCAAACCAUAGUUAAUUCUAAUUAUAACAACACCUUGUUCAACAACGACAUCGCCCUCAUGCAGCUCAGCAGCUCUAUCACCUUCAAUAACUACAUCCGUCCUAUCUGCCUGGCCGGUAACUCCAGUCAGUUCUACAGCUCCACCCCCUGCUGGGCCACAGGCUGGGGGCGACUGGGGAGGGACCAACCACUGGUUGCUUAUAACAUCCUUCAGGAGGUUCAGAUUCCUAUCGUUGGUCCCAAAAAGUGCAGCUGUGAUUACUCCAAAAUACUAGAGUCACUUAUCAAUAAAAAUAUGAUUUGUGCUGGACAGCAGAACAAAGGAAUCUGCCAGGGAGACUCCGGUGGACCUCUGCAGUGCAAACAAGGCUCAGUGUGGGUCCAGGCUGGCAUCACCAGCUUUGGAGUCCCCUGUGCUCUGGCUGGUUUUCCUGAGGUCUAUGCCCGAGUGUCUGCGUUCCAGUCCUGGAUCACAAAUGGAGUGUCUGGGGCCAAUGUUGGCUUUGUCACAUUCACCUCUAGUGGCACCAACCCGGACGACAGCUACGUGUGUUCAAGCACAAGAGCAUUUCAAAAUCAGACCUCGACAACAAGCUCAGCCACUGUACCAGAGCUGUCAUUUACUUUAAUUUUAGCAAUUUGUGUCUUUAUCGCACAAAAGUUGACCAGGACUCAGGACUGUGGAGUGGCACCUCUGAACACCAGGAUAGUGGGAGGUGUGAAUGCCUCAGUUGGUUCAUGGCCAUGGCAGGUCAGCAUCCACUACAAUGGAGCUCACAUAUGUGGAGGGACCCUGAUCAGUGACCAGUGGGUCCUCACAGCAGCCCACUGCAUCAUAACGAGCACGCUGAGCGAUUGGACUCUCUACUUUGGAAUAGUGACUCAGAGUGGCCCAAAUCCAAACCAAGUCACUCGCACCGUGUCUCAAACCAUAGUUAAUUCUAAUUAUAACAACCCCUUGUUCAACAAUGACAUCGCCCUCAUGAAGCUCAGCAGCCCUAUCACCUUCAAUGGCUACAUCCGUCCUAUCUGCCUGGCCAGUAGCUCCAGUCAGUUCCACAGCUCCACCCCCUGCUGGGCCACAGGCUGGGGGCGACUGGGGAGUGAUCAACCACUGGUUGCUUAUAACAUCCUUCAAGGGGUACAGAUUCCUAUUGUUGGUCCCAACCAGUGCCGCAGCGAUUACAGUCUAAUAAAAAAUGUUAACAUGACUGACCAGAUGAUUUGUGCUGGACAGCCAAAUAAAGGAACCUGCCAGGGAGACUCUGGUGGACCGCUGCAAUGCAAACAAGGCUCAGUGUGGGUCCAGGCUGGCAUCACCAGCUUUGGAGUCCCCUGUGCUCUGGCUGGUUUUCCUGAGGUCUAUGCCCGAGUGUGUCAGUUCCAGUCCUGGAUCGCAAAUCAAUUGUCUGGGGCCAAUGUUGGCUUUGUGACAUUCAGCUCUAGUGGCUCCAACCAGGAUGACAGCUACGUGUGUUCAAGCACUAACACAGUCACAGCAGCAACAACAACAACUAAUCAGAUGCAGACUUUAGCUACGACUUCAACCACGACUCAGAUGCAGACUUCAACCACCAAAGGUAAAGUGACCAGGACUCAGGACUGUGGAGUGGCACCUCUGAACACCAGGAUAGUGGGAGGUGUGAAUGCCUCAGCUGGUUCAUGGCCAUGGCAGGUCAGCAUCCGCUACAAUGGAGCUCACAUAUGUGGAGGGACCCUGAUCAGUGACCAGUGGGUCCUCACAGCAGCCCACUGCAUCAUAACGAGCUCGCUGAGCGUUUGGACUCUCUACUUUGGAAUAUUGACUCAGAGUGGCCCAAAUCCAAACCAAGUCACUCGCAGCGUGUCUCAAACCAUAGUUAAUUCUAAUUACAACAACUCCUUGUUCAACAAUGACAUUGCCCUCAUGAAGCUCAGCAGCCCUAUCACCUUCAAUGACUACAUCCGUCCUAUCUGCCUGGCCAGUAGCUCCAGCCAGUUCUACAGCUCCACCCCCUGCUGGGCCACAGGCUGGGGGCGACUGGGGAGUGAUCAACCACUGGUUGCCUAUAACAUCCUUCAGGAGGUUCAGAUUCCUAUUGUUGGGCCCAACCAGUGCCGCAGUGAUUACAGUCUAGUAAAAGAUGUGAAAAUGACUGACCAGAUGAUUUGUGCUGGACAGACAAAUAAAGGAACCUGCCAGGGAGACUCUGGUGGACCGCUGCAAUGCAAACAAGGCUCAGUGUGGGUCCAGGCUGGCAUCACCAGCUUUGGAGUCCCCUGUGCCCGGGCUGGUUAUCCUGAGGUCUAUGCCCGAGUUUGUCAGUUCCAGUCCUGGAUCACAAAUCAAGUGUCUGGGGCCAAUAUUGGCUUUGUGACAUUCACCUCUAGUGGCUCCAAUCAGAACGACAACUACGUGUGUUCAAGAACAAACACAAUAAUAGCACCUGAGCUGUCAUUUAGUUUAAUUUUAGCAAUUUGUGGCUUAAUAACACAAAACUGAAAAAUAAAUAUAAGAGGAACAUAAAAUACAGUACUGUAUUAAGAACAUGCAGCAUGAUUCUCAGACCAAACACUGUAGAUAUAAAUGCCAAUUAUGCUUCAUUCUGAUCAUCUUAAAUGAUGUAUAGAAUUAAAAAAUAAAAUAAAGUAAAAUUUGACUAUUAAUUUUCUUUUCAUGUGUUUUUUUACUAGAAAGACCUGCUUCACCUGCACAUGGGAAUAUUUUCACUUGCCUUUAUAUUUACUGUAAAUGGCUUCUAAUAGUUUUUACCUAGCUUGCUCUCAAGGUAAUAAGUUACCACAGUUUUUCUUACUUCAUUCGUCUCCAGCCUUAUCAACGAACAUCCUCUUAGUUUUCUGCACACAACAAAAAAAUGAAAACAAAACAUGGGCAGCUCUGCUGCUGUCCUCUUCAGAACAGCUGUGGCCCUGUACAGUGUAGCAUCGGUAUCGGGCCCCACAGCUCUCCUCCCUCCAUCACCUCACCGUCGUCCCGCUCUCCCUCCCUGAGCUUCAGCCAAGUCACGGUUAUGUGCGGAGGGUAGAUACCCUUUCACAUGAGUGUGAUGAAGAAGAGAAUCUUUGUCUCUACUUUAACAAUAACAAUGUAGAAAACCUUGUCAUUUCAGGUCAAGCUUAGUGAGACUCAUACCUUUGCGGGCCAUGAGAACAAACCAGGUCUCAAAAAACAUUCCAAACGCAAAAAAAAGCCAAAAACUAGAACAGAACAAGCAGCACUUUGACCCACAACCUAAAUAAGCGCUAUACUCUUCAUGUGCGCAGCUUUCACAGCAGCCCACUGCAUCAUAACGUGAGACAUUACAAUGAAUAACUGAAAACAUUUGUUUUUCGCUGACACUAAAUAAUUUAA